AUGAAGCUUCCAGUUCCGUUCUGGAGAGCCAAGAGAGUGGCGCCCCGUCCUGCUCAAAGGAGCCGCUUUGGUGUUCGGUACAAUCAUACUGCUGCGCGGCAACGAAUAUCCGACUUCUGGAUUCCCACAGUCAACGUGCAAAAGCACGAUGUCGCUCCAGACGCUACUCAACUGCUGAUCCGGGCUGGCUAUCUUCGGCAGGCUUAUGCUGGCAUAUUCCAGAUGCUGCCCCUUGGACUGCGAGUUCAGGAGAAGCUAGAACGGCUCAUCGACAAGCAUAUGAGAUCAGUCAAAGCGUCUAAAGUCUCGCUAUCCUCUAUCUCCUCGCAGGCGCUGUGGGAGAAGUCAGGACGUCUGAAACGUGGAGGUGAAAUGUUCAUGUUUAAAGACCGGAGGGACACCGGGUGGCUGUUAGCGCCUACUCACGAAGAAGAGAUCACCACCUUGCUCUCCGACAUCAUCCAGACAAGACAGCAGCUCCCUGUCCGUCUGUACCAGAUUGGCCGAAAAUACCGCGACGAGAAGCGGCCUCGUGGCGGACUACUUCGGGGCCGUGAAUUUCUCAUGAAAGAUCUCUAUACUUUCGACUCGACCCCAGAACAUGCUCACGUAACAUACGACGAAAUAAGACGCGCAUACCGCAACUUUCUCGACGAACUCAAGAUCAAAUACGUCGAGGCUAGAGCCGUGUCAGGUGAUAUGGGAGGAAAUCUCAGCCAUGAGUAUCACUUCCCCAACUUCGCCGGAGAAGACAUUGUGAUCACAUGUUCGGAAUGCUCUUAUGCGCGCAAUGAAGAAUUUGUUUCGCAGCCGGUGUAUCCACCUCAACCGCUUCAGGUACCUGAAGUUGGUGCUACCGAUAGCAACCCUAGCCAAGCCUAUCUUGAAGAGAACUUUCUCAGCACAGAUCGUCGGAGUUUGGUCCGUGCUAUUGUACCAUUACUCCCCUACGGCAACUCCGAAGACAAAGCUCCAUUACGAUCCAUCAAUGCACACGCCGUCAAGGCAGCCCUUAACGGUUUCUUGGAAAUAGAUACAGGGCUGGAGCGACCAACAGAGAGUUUCAAGGAGCUCGUAGCAAGUGGCACAGCGGAUGCCCCUGCAAAAAGACCAUCGAUAUACUAUGUCCUUGACUCACGCCUUCGGCUGGAUGAAAUUAGCCAUAUUGUUGCUUCUCCUCCGAUGAGUCGCAACGUCGACGCCUACGUUAUUGAGGCUCCGCAGAACGACAGCAAUGGUGGAAUAAACUUGCUGAAGCAGGAAUCCGGAGACUCUUGCCCAGAAUGCAAAUCCGGCAGACUGAUAGUGGACAAAGCGAUCGAGAUCGGCCACACUUUCCACCUAGGGACCCGUUACAGUUCCAAACUCGAUCUUGUCGCUAGGCAAGGUGAUGGAAAAGAGGCAUUGCCCGUGGAGAUGGGCUGUCACGGCAUCGGCGUGUCUCGUCUGAUUGCAGCGGUUGCAUCAUGUCUUUCCGAUGACGUUGGUCUCAAUUGGCCAAGAGCGAUUGCGCCCUUCGAAGCUGUUGUCAUUGUUCAAUCGUCACAUGCGGAGAGGUUACGCGCUGCUGAGCAGCUUUGCGAUCAACUGUCCUCUUCCAGCCUCGGUGACGUCGAUGUCGUCCUCGACGACAGGCAAGAGCAAGGAAUAGGAUGGAAGUUGAAGGAUGCUGAUGCCAUUGGGUACCCCGUCAUUGUGGUUGUGGGUAAAGGAUUUGAGCAAGGGAAGGUGGAGGUACAGUGUCGAAGACUCAAGGUCAAACAAGAGGUGAACGUCAGUGAUGCCGUCGGGCUCGUGCAUGAUCUAUUGAAGCAGCUUUGA